GUUUUGUGAGACUGCCGCAUUCACCUUCAUUCAUGGCACCACAUCGAUAACUUUCGCCAUUAUGCCUCCCAGUAAUGUCAAGACAUGAAAUAGUCUCCAUACGAUAAACUUCUGUGCUCAUCUGCGCAUGCCAAGGCAUCCUCGAUGUAAUGAUGCGCGCUGGUUAGCGACUAAUGAGCCUCAGCAGACGUGAGUCUGUGUGCCGCAGUUUUUCCGUUGUCUUCUACUGUGAUCUGUGGUUACGCUCUCUGUUGUUGGAGCUGAUUUUUCGGGUGGAAGUGUCGAAUUUCACUAUCCCCUCUGGGACAAGUGUGUCGUCCUUGAACGCGGGACACGAAAUGUGCGACAGAUGGCUACAAAAUUACCAUUGGUGCGGCCCACAUUUUCCAGUGAGAAAAACGAGAGUGCCAAGUAAGCAUGUUCAAGAAUAUAGCCGGGCAUACACCUAGCACUAGUAGUUUGGCAAUUAACGACGUGGAAGCACAUAAUGUCGAUAAGGCUCUUCUUUCCAGAAAGGCUGGGAAUCAGACACUUUGAACAGGGACAGUCUUUGAGUGUAUACCUUGUGCUCUUCACUGCCAGAGAUACAUGGUCAGUGCGACCCAUACAUCACACGCAGGACUAGUACUGUGCGCGUACGAGAAGAGAAUUAGGCCUGUGAAUCAACGAAAAAUUGUGGUUCAAUUCUCUGCAUGGUAUUCAGUGGAUGACUUGACAUGUAUUCUGGUGUUUUGCCAAUUAAGACGUCUAGAAAGGGAACUAAGUGCUGUUCUUUUGAGUGUUCCAUAGGAACUGCUUAAUGAACUCACAGUUUUUUGAGCGUGUUAUGUCUCACCUUUCCGGCGUGCCUAUCCCAAGCUGGCACCAGUUGACUUGGUAACCACAUGAUAACUGUGGCAACAAACCGAAUUUAGUUGACUCUUAUCAGAGCGAUAAUGAUAAUGCUGUGAUUCCAAAUGUCGAAUGGAAGUUUCUAUUUAUGAGGAAGACUAGACAUUGUGCAACCACACAGAGGAGGAAGCCUUCAACGCGCCAUGUGAUACAGUGCUUUGUACGCAGCUGGCCGGAUAUCAGUGACUUGUUCCCGCUCUUACCCACUGGACUCUAUCCCACGGUUUCCCUCUUCCGGAUGGUGUUUAUGGAAUAACCCUUGUGACAAAAUACACUCUGGGAAACCCAAUUGCCCGUGAGAAACGAUCCUAGCCGCUACAUUAGCGGAGACUAGACAAGUGGCGUGUCAUUUACAGGCUCGCCUUUGCGUGAGAACCACUGGUAAUUUCAUACAGUAAUUGCGAGGACGGCCAGUCUGUCAUUAAUGGAAAUAUUACACCGUGUUCGUUUUAGCUGAAUUCCUGGUGUACAUCAAAGCUUGGCAGCCCAUAUGGAUUUUUGUUCUCGGACACGACUACGAGUUUAUACGUGUUUGUGUUAAAAACAUUUUCUGAGAAGUAACACGAGACCAUUUCACCACUAUGACAUCGUUUCAUUUUGUAGGUUUCAUCUGUGUAGUGCUAGCAUUGUUCGUGGAUCAUCCUUUACCCGCCGAGGCGCAAUAUGCCUUCCGUGAAGAGCCACGGGACAGCGCUGUCCAGCUCGGUGAUACAGCCACCUUACGCUGCGCCGUUGACAACCGUAAGACGGCUAUAGUGGCCUGGUGGAGUGAUGGGUUAGGAGGGUUCAUCAGCCAGAACCACCAGUUGAAACAGUUCAGCACAGACACAGACAAACUAGAACGGUAUUCGAUAACCGGUGAGUUAGCACUCGGUGAAUUCAAUUUACAAAUACGGAAUUUCUCCAGUUCUGACGCGGGCACGUAUAGAUGCCACAUACUCGCUUCGGCUGAGAGGGAGACCGUCGUUAAGUAUUCGCGUGAUGCUACACUGAGGGUUGCACCGUACGACCCUCGGUGUUACGUGGAGUCUGUGUCCCCUGUGCCGAUGAUUGGAGACAAAGUUGCCUUAGUGUGCGAAUCUCGUAACUUUGACUACAGCGAUGAUUUGACGUGGAUGUACGCAGCUAGGAGGAUUCUAAAGGGGAACAUUACACGAACACCAACCGUCAGAAACGUGGUGACGCAUGUUCUUACAGAAGCAGACUACGACGCGCGAUUCAUGUGCUUUGAACAACAAAGACGCACAUGUUUCCUAAUCCCUCUUCGUCGGUACAUCUCAGUACUCGUCCAAACAGCCGUUGCCCAACCCCAACUAGGAGACACUUUGACUUACAGGUGUGUGGCUGAUAAUGACUUGACACCAUUGUCUUACAGCUGGCGUAUCAACGGAGUGGACGUAGCAGUCGCCGACGAUACAUUAACCGUCGGUCCGCUCAACGCAUCCCACAACGGUAGUGUCAUUGAAUGUGCUGUGAAACACAGCUCUGGAUUUAAAGGAAAUGAUAACAUUACCCUACGCAUCCAGCCAAACGAAGGUGGGACUCGAACCACCCCGCUAUCAACUACUACUGAGGACUCUUCUUCUCAGAGGAGUGCUGAAAAUGUGCCAACAGACUUUCACCGUUCCAAUGUUUGGCCUACUACUGGACCUACCAAUCCCAUCCUCCUUGACCAACGAGACACAUCCAAAAGCCAAGAAGACGGAUGGGGUGGUCUCUUGAUGCCGUUUGUAAUCUGCGCCUCCGUGGUAGGAGUUCUCCUUACUACCGUCAUUAUACUUCUGACUGUUUUCCUCAACCGUCAGAGGGCGUCUAAUCGUCGAGCCAAUAGUGCUGCUAAGACCAGUGAUAGCACAGGGGGACCCGUAUCAGACUGUGUCCCUUUGGACCUUGUCGCUAACAGAGAUGUUAAUGUAAAUGGCUCACCAGCUAUCAGUGUUGGAACCUUGAAAGGUUUCAAGAACCCUGCUGGUUGUGGAUCGGUGGACACAUUCGAGAUUGACCUGGACCCUGAGAGUCCGCCAGAGUACUACACAUUAGAGCACAAUUACUAUGAGGCUACAGUUGGGAAACUAGACUCGACCAAUUGUAGCGAUAACCAUGACUCUGGUUUUGACGGCAUAGAGGUGUCCGAAACUAUAACCCCUGAUUCUGAACUGACUGCUCGUAAUCGCAAGUUUAGUUUUGGGUCCAGCCCUCCCCCGCAUAUACCCUCAAGUUCCAGUCAGCCUUCUGCCCCCGUUGCCAUACCACCCGAGUUUGAAGGCAGUAAUUCAGAGUGUCUAGUUGCCGCGUACGCAGUAACGGACGUCGCUCGCUCAUCUCCACCGGACACUAAACGCAGCAAUGCGCGGGGAGGUAGUCUUAAAAGACCGCUCCCUGCACGCCCAACAGACAGCGGUUACCGAUCUCCCGGCGUGGUACUCGCAAACGAACGACCGUUCCGUCGUGUCGGGAGUUUGAAAUCUAUUGAUGAGCCUGUGGUUGGUGCUCUAGCUAGAUCCAACAGUCUGAAACGACCUCUCCCAGCAACUCCCCGGAGUGUAUCUCUCCGGACCCCUCGUACACCGGACCCCUACCGUAACCCGAGUCCUCUCUUUACACGCAUUCCUCCAUUCCUUUCUAGCGAUUCACCCGGAGCCACCCCGGCAGUCACUUCUACUUCGGAAACCAAGACAGACCUACCCAAAGAAACGGACAAACCCCAGAAAAGCAAAGUGCCACAAAAGUACCCCAAACUAACUGUCCCUUUUGAACGGCUGUCUGCAGCUACGUCUGUCAGUGAAGGUGACUAUGCAGAGAUCGACAUGGACCAAGAGCAAGAAGCCACGGAAAGAGAUAGUCUGAUGUCGAAUAGUUCAAUCAUGGGGGACAACGCAGGGAGCCUCGGUGACAACGAGACGCGGAGCACGGUAGAUGUCGAGGAUUUGGCUGGAGCAGAAGUUAAUGGGGGAGAGGCCGAUUACGAUACGGUUGCCGAGAGCGAUGGAGAAGAAAUUGAUACAGACCACAUGGAAAAAAAUGCACUUGCCGCCUUAAUUUCAGAUGGCAAACAACCUUGGAGCGAUAUUGGUAAUUCUGACAAAGUUGAGGAAUUUCAAGAGGUGCAUCUCCCCGACGAGAUCCCGGAAAUUCCCGAUGAAUUAAUUUGUCAAAAAUCGCCUAUGUAUGCGAAAGUAAAGAGACAGAACUCCCAAGAAUUUCCACUUUCAGACACAGACAUAAAUGAGGAAAACCAUACCGAAUUGGACAAUGUCAACUCUCAGCUGUGCUCCGUCAAUAUUUCACCUGUGGACGGACAUUUUGAGAUGGACAUAAAUAACCUGGGUCAAGAGAGGGCGCUGUUAGAAAAUGCUGAACAACCCUAUGCUUUAGUGAAGUAAUGUGACGGUAGCGAGCACGUUUGCACUCCAGAAAUGUUUAUGCAGGUUUGAUGUUGGUCACUUUGAAAAGAAAUCUUUCAAAGAUGGUCAUUUUGAUUUAAGUCUUUGUGCUCAGUAGAAAACAGUAGUUGUCUAUCUGUAACAGGUGAACAGCAGUUACAAUGUCAGGCAUCAUCUUGUGGGCGUAAUCUUUAACGUUCCAUGAUUGCCAAUAUAAAGAAACUAGAUGUAUAUCUUGAAACUUACACAUGUAAAUAGUUUUCGUACCGCACAGAGGUUUUAUCCCACCUUUCUCUUAAUUUAGCGCCUGUUCUUGUAUAAGGCCAAAUUACUAAAGAAUAUUUCCCUGGUCGGGGGGGGGGAGGUAUGGUGCAACCUCUUUAAUUCAUAGAUUGCAUCUUUUUCCCUGUAUGGCAAAUGGAUUUUAGUAACCUGUUUGCUGAUACUUAAGUGUUUAGAGAAGUUUUAACUACAUUAACCACAUUAAGCAAGCUUCAAACUUGCAUAAAUUGCUAAGUAUGCGUUAAAACAAAAUAUUCUAAAACUGAAAAGACCAACCUGAAGGAAAAUGAAAGUGUGGUGAAAAAGUACCCUUUUUUCACUUUGCCCAAAGUUCAAACUACAUGUAUGUUAAUUUAAUGAAAAAUGUGGUUUUCCACUAUUUUUGCCAGUCCUAUUGUGAAGUUGUAAUCAUAAUCAAAAGCCUUCAAAUGUGUCAUAAAAUUUCUAAAGCCUUCUGAAGUCCUGUGUAUGUUAUGAUGCUUGAAUUACGAGUACAUGUUUACAAUUUGCCAAAAGAGGAAAUUAUCCAUUUUGGCUAGAAUGUAGCAUCUUACUGUAUAAUCAAGAAGGCGUGUUACCUUGUGUGUCACUGCUCUUAAGCAGUGCUUGUAGGGCACAAAUUAAGCAUUUUUCAUUCUAAUGGUAGGCUCACAGGUUAAACUACUGUUGCCAAUCAGACUUUUGUAACAUGUAUGAGAUGUUACAGCACAUUAAGCAAUACACGUACAUUGUAUUAUGUUUAACAUCAGACUUUUUUGAAGCUGUUUUAUUUUAGCAUGGAAUCUGCAUGUGUGAAGUCAGUAUUAAGAGAAAUGAAAGCUUUUCCAGACUGAGUGCACUUAGUGGAGAAGAAAAUAUGAUUCUAAAUCAUUGACUUUUGUUCAGUUAAGGUUUUGAUAAUCAUUUAAUUUUUUUUGUCUGAAAAACGGCAGUGUUUGGCAUGAUGUAUUUCAAAUUUCAUGCAUGCAGAUUUCAAGUUUCCCUUUUUCUCCCCAAGUAAAUUACUUGUUUACCAUUCCUCCAUGAUCUUUGCAGGUGCGUUUGCAGUGGCUGAUUGUUGUAACUGUUAUCCUUCUAUCGAAGGCUCACUACAUUCCGUCAUGUUCAAGUCUGCUUGUUUUGUAUUUUUUUAUAUGUGAAAAAUGACUUCCUAGCAUGUCCCACUCACUGGCAGUACAUCGCACUCACGUUAUUUUUGUGAAAUGUUAAAAAAUUUAAUGUACAUUAAAAGUGUUCACUAUCCUUAAGAUCAGAUGAUUCUUCGCACAAAGUCCACACUAGGUAUGUAAGGUUCGCAACCCCCCCCCCAAACACACAUUCAGCUGUCGCCAAGAUUUUUCUGGGGGAGGGGGCAUCAAAGUUAUUCCAGGGGAGAGGGAACACAAUCAACAAUGAACUGAUAUAUCCAUUUACACUGGAAGAGGAUCAAGUUGAAGUUUUCUCACGCAAAGUGGCGAUUUUCAGCCUUUUUUUUUCAUUCUGUAAUUUUUCUCCUGAUUUUAAAUUUCUUUUUUUUAGGGGGGGGAGUGUGCCCCCAUUUAUCCCCCUUGCAAUGCUCAUGCCCAGAGUCACACAAUCAUAAUAAUUGUGUCAAGCUAUUUUUUAACCAUGUACAUACUACAUACACAGAUGCCAAGAAAACAUAUUCUCUUUUGUUGUAUUUUGCAUAUCAACUAUUACAAAAGUGUGCUUUACAGUAUAAAUGGAAUGAUGAAUCACAUGUACUUAAAUGUACCCUUUGUGAUGUACAUCACUGCUGUUCUUUAAGAAAAAAAUUUCUUUUAGACAGGCAGAUAUUUUUGUGAAGUAAAAUACUAAGUGCAGUUUAUUGUACAUUACUUGUUCUAUUUAAAUAUACAGUUAAACGAUUUCUGAAGAACACAAAUAUUCAACGAUCAUGCAUAUUUUAAUUGCUACAAAACAGUAGGCAAGAGGUUGGAGAUGUGUUCAAAGAUUUAAUUUACCCUGAUGGAAUUUUAGAAACCUCUGAAAUUAUCUCCAGUACCAACUUUCAUGUUUCCAAUCCCUGAGUACAUUAGUGUUUUACAUUAAGAUAUACAUGUAAAUGAAAAUCCCUUUCAUUGAACACAGGUUGCAUGCAUGUGCGUCAAGUGUUUUGAUCUGCAUGUAUAUUUCAACACUUAAUUAAAAUGUUCAUGUCCCUGGAAUUU